AGUAAUAAACAGGCAGAUGUGGCGCCCGUCUACAACUCAUAAGUCCUACCGCCUGAGAACAUGUCUUCCGUAAUGCGCCGCGGACUCGCGAGGGGUGGUUUACAAUGGAGAACAUACUCAACAGUGACUGAAGAACCAAAAUUACCUCCUUGUGAUUUUAAGCCACAGCCAUACAAGGGUCACAGUUAUGGAUCAGCAAAAGAAAUUCAACAGAAAAAUGUUGUUCCUUGCUUAGCUCCUGUGUAUAAAGAACCCCUUCUGCUUCACCAGGGGUACAAGCAAUGGCUGUUUGACCACAAUGGGAAACGAUAUCUAGAUUUAUUUGCUGGAAUUGUAACAGUCAGUGUGGGACAUUGUCAUCCGAAAGUAAAAGAUGCUUUGGUCACACAAGCAAAUUCACUGUGGCAUACAAGUAACCUUUUUAUGCAUCCAAAGCUACAUGAAUAUGCUCAAAAACUGACAGCCAAACUGCCUGAUAAGUUAAAUGUUGUGUAUUUUGUGAACAGUGGCUCUGAAGCCAAUGAUCUUGCCAUGUUGCUUUGCAGAUCAUACACGAAUAACUAUGACAUAAUCGCUCUGCGAAAUGCAUACCAUGGUAUGAGUCCAUAUACAGCAGGUUUAGUUGGAAUUUCUGUCUGGAAGCCUGAUAUACCAAUUGGAUCUGGUGUUUAUCAUACAAUGAAUCCAGAUGUGUUCCGAGGAGUGUGGGGUGGAAAAUAUUGUAGAGAUUCACCCGUACAGACAGUACGCAAAUGCAAUUGCAGCCCAUCAUGCUGUGAGGCAUCAAGCAGAUACAUUGAUCAGCUGGAAGAAAUUCUUCAAACCUCUGUUCAUAAGAAGAGAGUUGCUGGCUUUUUUGCUGAAUCCAUACAGGGAGUUGGUGGAACAGUCCAAUAUCCAAAAGACUAUCUUAAAAAGGCAUUCAAGAUAAUAAAAGACAGUGGAGGCCUCUGUGUGUCAGACGAGGUGCAAACUGGGUUUGGAAGAACAGGAGACCACUUCUGGGGAUUUGAGGGACAUGAUGUGCAGCCUGACAUUGUAACAAUGGCAAAAGGUAUUGGAAAUGGAUUCCCACUGGCAGCUGUCGUCACUACAACAGAAAUUGCACAAUCUUUAACGAAAUCCCUGCAUUUCAACACAUUCAGUGGAAAUCCACUUGCCUGUGCUGUCGGAACAGCUGUUCUGGAGGUUAUUGAAGAAGAAAAGUUACAAGAAAACUGCAAGAUAGUGGGAACAUAUAUGCUCACAAAACUCUCUGAACUACGAGACAAGUUUGACUGCAUUGGUGAUGUUCGGGGAAAAGGUCUAAUGAUAGGUGUUGAAAUGGUAAAGGACAAAAAUCAAAUGAAACCAAUGGCUGCAUCUGACAUUUUAGAUAUUUGGGAAGAAAUAAAGAAACACGGCAUAAUUAUUGGGAAAGGAGGUGCCCAAGGAAAUGUAUUCCGCAUUAAACCACCGAUGUGCAUCACCAAAGAAGAUGUAGAUUAUACAAUUUCUGUACUUGACAAAGUUUUGACAAAAUAUGUAGAAAAAACAAAGCACUAAAAACUGAACUACAAACAAAAAUGGCACAAUCAUUUUGACCUCAUCCUAUGAGUCUACAAAUUUAUUUCCCUUUAUAG